UCCUGCUAUAAUUAAGUGCAUAUCGCCUGCCAUCAAAGUCGAAAGUGCUGCAAAGUGUGCAAAGUGUUGCGCACUUAUUAACUAAUAUUCGGGAGUGAAUAAUCUGCAUGUAAACGUAAUUAAUUGUUCUUAUUAGUGAGUGCCACGAUAAGGAACGACAACGGUGAAAUAAGAGAGGCGGAGGAGGAGAAGGCCCGGGGCGACAUCAGGUCAUGGCGGUGUAACCAUGAGGCCGACCACCCGUCCGGAGAAAGAAGCUCGGCGCCCCUAACAUCUGUAUCUCUAGCGACCCUACCACGGAGCGCCAUCCCACCACAUUCUGUAGCGUGAGUGGGGAUCGGGCCAGCCGGGUAUAAAAGACGGGUCGACCGACGUUCCGGCACCUUUUCCUUUCCUGCUUCUGCUGUCCAACCUUCCAAUAGCAUCGGUUAGCGAGCGUUCUCGGUGUUCAGGAUCCUAUCUUUCUAUCUAGUGCCGAGUGACGGGUAUCUCCGGUGUCCGGCCUCCUGUCUCUGAUAUUCCCCGGGUGUUGGGCGCUCUCGCUGCUCUGCCGGGUGUUCUCGGUGUCCGGAGUCCCGUUCCUCCCUGUACAGCGAUACAGUCUACGUGUCGCACUACGCCACAUUCGUGUGGCAACAGGCCUCGUGCCUUAAUAACGUUGGGACAGCAGUACCGCUUCGAGCAGGUGUGAGCCAGGCUUUACGCCUGGAGUUGUAUAGAAUAAGUAUAAAUAAAGGUUACCCUUGCCUCCUGCUCUUCUUACCGCUAGCCUGUUAGCCAGUAAGUUCGCCUGUUAGGGAUAGAGACUACCGUUGCGACUCGGCUCCGCCGACCAUUUACUGAUAAGUCCGCGAUGCGCUUAGCCGCCUGCGUUCCCGUGUAAAUAUAUAUAGUCACCCGUUAGUACAUAAGUCUGCCCGUUGUGAAUAAAGAAUUCCUUCCUGCCUACUCGUACAUAAGCAUUAGUUAUAAGUUAGUUAUAAGGACUGAUGUGUCCGUUGUGCUGUCUCGUCUCCGCGAUUGUAGUUUGUUGUGUCCACUGCGUCCGAUCAUUGCAUUUGUUCACUUUGUUCAAUUUGUUCGUUACUUGCUCCGUCAAUACAUUGCGAGAUUUAUUUCAUAUGUAUCCGUUUCUAUAAAAACAAAAUAAAGCCUAAUUAUAUUAUAUUACGACGCCGCCUCCGCCGGUUCGUGAUCGCGAAUCCUGCUCCUUUUGCCAACCGAGAUGCCGUCGACAGGCACCCGACCGUCCGCGAGCCCUUCCGCCACUUCCGAAAUAGCCACCACGGAUAAUGCAAAGGCAUUUAGUCACAUCCGGAAGUGGGGAUGCCUAUUCGACGGAAAGGACCCGAUAUCAUUCCUCGAGCGAGUCGAGGAACUCCAUCGGGCUUAUGGCUUCUCCGACAGGCAACUGCUCAUGGGAUUGCCCGAGCUACUACGCGGCAACCCGCUCCUGUGGUACCGCAACUGCCGAGACUCGUGGAACAACUGGACCGAGUUUAGCCGUGACUUUCGAGCCCGGUUCCUGCCCCCAGGAUUUGAGAGGCAGCUCCGACGAACCAUUCAGGGCCGGUGCCAGAAGCCACACGAACAAUUUAAUAUAUACGCUACUGAGAUAUUGACGAUGAUGCGGCGCGCCGGCGGGUACACUCCUCAAGACAAGAUCGACAAGCUGUACGAAGGCAUGGAACCCGAAUAUCGCCUGUACAUCAACCGCAACGAUAUUUCCAGCGUAAGCGAGCUCACAUCUCGCGCUAACGAGUACGAGGAGAUCACUCGCCAACAGCAGGAGCGGCAACGAGGGACAAAGUCGACAGCCAGCCCCGUCAUGUUGGUCAAGUUGCGGCAAAGACAGGAUGCUCAGUCGCAAUUGCCACCCGACGUCGGAAAACGGCUCCAGGAUCGAAGACGCCGCUCCGACCAAGUCCACAUAAGCUUCAAUCCGCGACCGCAUAUCAGUAUCCAGAUACACCGGCAUCACUUGUGGGCCCUUAUCGAUUCCGGCUCGGAAGUUUCGUUUGUGAGUACGGAGACCGCGCAAGAUCUAACUGAGGGAACGUGCCGUCCCGCUCCAGCGGCCACCGAGAUAAACCUUGCCAAUGGAAGCCAAGUCCCGAUUGAGGAAACAUUUGAUCUUCCCAUCACGUUCCAGGGAGAAACUUUUUCUCACCGUUUCUCUGUGCUGCCGAAUCUAAGCAGUUCCGUACUGAUCGGCACCGAUUUAUGGGCCAAGUUGAGGCUCACCCUGCCUCCACCACCGCUGAGACAUGAGACGCCGGUGUCGCUGCCCCCGGUGCUCGUCACCUUGGGCGAUGGCCAAACGGUGGCGGUGCCGCAUUACGCCGCGCAUAUCAGCCGGCGUUACCGGACGACGACUCCGACAGGACGAUGGGUGAUCCGGUUUGACUGGCACGGCCGACCCCGGAUGAUCCGACUCAACGAAGCUAUUGGAACAACAGUACCGUCUUGAGCGAGUGAGUUAGUUAUUCCUUAGUUGUUCGUUCAUUGCGUUCAUUCGUCGCAUCCAGUGCAUUGCGUUCACUGCGUUUGUUACUUUUGUGUUAAUAUAUCGCGAGAUUUAUUAUUCAUAUAUAUUUUUGUAAGAACU